AUGGUUUUGGUUUUGGUUUCUCCCAAGUUUCAUUUGGUGGUUUUCAAAAUAAGAGAAAGGCAGUUUCUCUCUCACCCAGAAUCCUUGUCGCUCUCGCCCAGAAGCAUUUUCGUCUUCCUCCUCCGUCACACUGAUCCAUUAGUCCACUGCUGGAAUUAUAUAUCAUAUAUCUACUUUGGAGUUAUUAACAGAUAUUCCUCCAAUAGGUUUUGCAAAGUUUUGCAAGCUUUGAGAAGGCUAAAAGGUAACAGUGACAGAAAGGCAGAAAUGUCUGCUGAGACUAAAGUUGUAUUUGACCAGCUAACUGAGGAUGCUAUGAAGCUGAUGGAGAAUGGUGAAUACAAUGUUUAUCAUGAAAAGCUAGAGGUUUUUGAUCGUGAAGUGGAAGGAUAUGAGAAGUUAGCCUGGGCAAAGGAAGGUCCAUCAAAUCAACAUUUGGCUAGUGGAGAAACCUCUAGCAAAUGUGAAGGUGAUUAUGAUAUGUUUGCUGACGAGGAUAAUAGUAAGCCAUCUACAAAUGAAAAUAGUGCAGUUAGUCAAUCUUCAUCGGAUGCCAUAAAUUCUGACAUAGAGGGUGAUUUUGUGUAUGAUGAAUCUUCUCAGUACUAUUAUAACAACAUUUUGUGCUAUUAUUAUGAUCCAAAUACUAGGCUUUAUUGCUCUGCAGCAUCAAGACAAUGGUACAACACAUUCCUUUAUCAUCUUUUCGUGUUGUUUGUCAAUUUUUAUGCUGACAUCUUUUAG